CUCGUCUUAUCCGCUUCUCCGAUUGUGCUUCUUGGCAUCGAGCUCGACGGAGGGAAAAUGGCUACGGCCGCUCCUGCUCCUUGCUUCUUCAAGUUGUCUUCCUCUCAUCGCUCUGCUCUCCCUGCCCGUCGGUUCGCAUCGCGCGAUGCGGCGGCGCUCAGGACGCGGGGCCGCGUCUCGUGCGGCAGCGGCGGCAGCCUCUCUUCGGCCACUCCGAUCAGCUACGAGUUUUCAGAUGGUUCUUCCGAUAUGGAAUUGCGACUCCAGCUCGGCGGCGUCGACAUUUCAGGUCCCAGAGAUAUUCACGUGGACGCAAACGACACCUCCUUGACGAUCAAACUUAAGCAUUCUGGUUCCCUCACGACGCUAAUGGAAACAGAUUCUCUCUUUGAUAGGAUAAAGUCGGCUGAAACGAUAUGGUAUUUAGAUGACGAUCAGCUUGUUAUUAAUAUGAAGAAGCAGGAUCCUGAAUUGAAAUGGCCUGACAUUGUGGAGUCUUGGGAGUCGCUGACUGCAGGGUCGAUGCAACUACUUAGAGGAACAUCCAUUUAUAUUGUUGGGGACUCGACGGAGAUCAACCAGAAAGUGGCAAAAGAACUUGCAGUUGGUCUUGGGUACACGCCUCUUGAGACAAAGGAGUUGCUCGAAACAUUUGCUAAGCAAACAAUCGAUUCAUGGGCGCUUGCUGAAGGAUAUGAUGCCAUUGCUGAAGCAGAGGGUGUCUUAUUAGAAAGCCUCAGUAGUCACGUCCGGGCUGUUGUCGCAACUUUAGGAGGGCAGCAGGGUGCUGCUCGAAGAGCUGAUAAAUGGCAGCACCUUUACGCAGGAUUUACUGUAUGGUUGUCUACAACUGAAGCAACAGACGAAGACUCGGCUCAGAAAGAGGCCAGAAGACACAUUGAAGAUGGGAGUCUAGGUUAUGCAAAUGCAGAUGUUGUUGUCAAGGUCCAAGGUUGGGAUGCCGAUUACUCCAAAACCGUGGCUCAAGCAUCUCUGAGUGCACUCAAACGAUUAGUUUUAUCAGAUAGGAAGCUCCCAGAUAAGAAGAGCCUGUACAUAAGGUUGGGAUGCCGUGGAGAUUGGCCAAACAUCAAGCCCCCAGGGUGGGAUCCAUCAACUGCUUAUGAUUCUAUAACGUCUCCGGAUACGUUGUGAGAAAAUUCAAGUUGCCAGCACAUAAGAGAAUAAGAUAGAUGGAGACCAAGGGCAAGUAGAAAUGUCAUCCUCCAAUUCUUCUCGAUUUUAGUGAUAUAUAAAUAACCAAUUCAUUUUA